ACCGGGAUUCCUUCCAGUGUGGCGUCUGCCCCCAAAGGGCCUCGCCAUUGUCUUCAUGGUCAAGGAUGGAUUGCAAGAAGGUGGGGGAGUUGGGGGAGAGGGAGAGUGCUUCGUCCACUGUCUGAAGGCGCACACACCACUGCUGCUCACAUCUCAUUGGCACUAACUUAGCCACCUGGCCCCAUCUACCUGCAGGAAGGGCUAAGCGAUGGCAUCUAACAGGGCAGUGAUGUGCCCAGCACAAUCUUAUUCUUCUGGAAGUAGAUGAGUGCUAUGGACUGAAUAUCCCCCCCAAAAGUCAUAGGCUGAAUCCCUAAACCAGCAGUGCGACCGUAUUUGAGAGAUCGUUAAGAGGAAGAGAAACCAGGCCUCUCUCUCUCUCCACAGCUGUACAGUGUGAAGGCCAUGUGAGGACACAGUGAGAAGGUGGCCACCUGCAACCCAGAGGGAGAACAUCAACCCUCCUGGAACCUUGAACUUGGACCUCCAGCCUCCAAAACCGUGAGGAAGAUGUUCUGCUGUCUAAGCCACUCAGCCUGUGGCAUUUUGUUCUUGAAACCCAGCUGAAACAGGGAGAAAAUCUUUGAUGGGUAGUAGCAAAGUCUGACCAAUUCCUGUGAUGGAAGGUGCGGUAGGACAGUAAGAGAGUUAUGGGGCCUCUUUUUUAAUGGAAAGUCUCAAACUCACAAAAGCAGAGAGGACCUAACAAACCCCACACGCCCAUCAGCCAGCUUCAGCAAUUCUGGCCAGCUUCGGGCCCUUCGCUGGCCCCAAGCACACUCAGGCCCAGCGCCCUAUCUGGCAUUCCCUCCAUGAAGCAGAUGCCCUUGGGCCCGCCACCAGGCCUCCGUGGCAGUGGAGACUCGCACUGCUCAGGGCAGACAGUGCGGAGACGGUUCUCAGUGUAGUAAGCACAGAGCCGGAUGCACAGACACAAGGGCUCUCCUGUACCUGCAUCAGGGAUGUGAGGUCACGACUGCAUGCAUGGAGGUGCUGCAGUUGCCCUGUGACCACGAGGGACAAGCUAAGAGAACUGAAAGAUCAACUGAAAUUGGCAAGCUUCUGAGUGCCUACUUGGAAAAGAAAAGCGAGGUGGAGGAUCACUCGGUGCACCUGCUUUUCUCUGCGAACCGCUGGGAACACGUGCCACUAAUUAAGGAGAAGCUGAGCCAGGGCGUCACCCUGGUCGUGGACAGGUACGCCUUUUCCGGGGUCGCCUUCACCAGCGCCAAGGAGAACUUCUCCCUGGACUGGUGCAAGCAGCCGGAUGUGGGCCUCCCCAAACCGGACCUGGUCGUGUUCCUGCAGCUGCAGCUGGCAGAGGCCGCCGUGAGGGGCGAGUUCGGCCGUGAACGCUACGAGAGCAGCCCUUUCCAGCAGCGGGCCCUGCAGCGCUUCCAGCAGCUCCUGGGAGACUCGAGUCUGCCUUGGAAGACAGUGGACGCCUCCAGGAGCAUCGAGGACGUCCACCGGGAAAUCCGCGCGCUGUCUGAGGGUGCUAUCCGGGCCGCUGCACACAGGCCGCUGGGGCAGCUGUGGACAUAAAGGGACAGGACCCCCGUCUGCCAUCCGCAAGGCAGGAGCCGCGUGUGCACAGCGUCCAGGGGGGCGAAGCGGGACUCCCCGUGGAGCAGCCUGCGGGGCAGCCUUCUCCUGCCCUCACCUGUGCCCCGAAGAUACUAAUAAAUUAGUUACUGUGUUUUGCUUACUCAAGUUUC